GUUUGUUGAUAACUGUAAAUAAACUGCAAAUAAUCUAAUUUACACACCACCAUCAGCAGGAAUAAACACGUUAAAUCAGCGUGACCAUGGCGGAGAGUGUGUCUGACAGCAGCGUGCAGUGCCCGGUUUGCGCUGGUCUCUUUGAGCCGAGCAGCAUCAACCGUCACCUGGACGCGUGUUUACAGAGUCCCUCUGAUCCCGGUCCACCGGCCAAAAAACCCCGCAUUAACUCAUCCGACAGCCGUCCUUCUGCGGUCUUUUCCAUGUUCCAGAGCCGGCCGAGAGCAUCAGAAGCCCUGGCCGAAGACAGUGGAGAGAGCGCGGCGGGCUCCGCAGCUCCAGCGGCGGCGGUGCAGCAGCCUCAGUGUCCGGCUGAAGUGGCUCCACCGGCGGCCUGUUCUCCCAGAGCGCUGCGCCUGAAGAACCAAAAGCCGCUGGCGGAGCUCCUGAGACCGAGCACCCUGGAGGAAUAUUUCGGCCAGAAUAAACUGAUCGGAGAACAAACUCUGCUGAGAUCCCUGCUGAAGUCGCAGGAGAUCCCGUCUCUGAUCCUCUGGGGUCCGCCGGGCUGCGGAAAGACCACUUUGGCUCAUAUUAUCGCCAGUUCUAUCAAGCAGAAAGGCACGGGCCGUUUCGUGACGCUGUCGGCCACCAGCGCUUCCGUCAGUGAUGUGCGAGAGGUGAUAAAACAGGCCCAAAAUGAGCUCCGUCUGUGCAAGAGGAAGACCGUCCUGUUCAUCGAUGAGAUUCACCGCUUUAAUAAAUCACAGCAGGACACGUUUCUGCCUCACGUGGAGUGUGGGACGAUCACUCUGAUCGGCGCCACCACAGAAAACCCGUCGUUCCAGGUGAACAGUGCUCUCCUGAGCCGCUGCAGGGUUCUGGUUCUGGAGCGUCUGUCGGUGGAGGCGGUGGGCUCGAUUCUGCGUCGCGCUGUGGAUUUUCUGGAUCUGCGGAUUCUGGAUUCAGAGGAACGACACUCUUCAGAGAUCUGCUCAGAAGCGCAGGUGUGUGUGGAGCAGAAAGCGCUGGACACUCUAGCGCACCUGUGUGACGGAGACGCUCGAGCCGCUCUCAACGGCCUCCAGCUGGCGGUGCAGGCGUGUGUGUUGCAGAGCAGCUCCAACCACAACAGAAGCAGCACAGUAGUGCGCGAGCAGCACAUUAAAGAGGCUCUGCAGAGGUCACACAUUCUCUACGACAAAGCAGGUGAGGAGCACUACAACUGUAUCUCAGCUCUGCACAAGUCAAUGAGAGGGUCUGAUGCAAACGCUGCCCUCUACUGGCUGGCCCGAAUGCUGGAGGGCGGCGAAGAUCCGCUGUACGUCGCUCGCAGGCUAGUGCGAUUCGCUAGUGAGGAUAUCGGACUGGCGGACCCUGUGGCUCUCAGUCAGGCUGUAGCAGCGUUUCAGGCCUGUCACCUCAUCGGUAUGCCUGAAUGUGAGGUUAUUCUAGCCCAGUGUGCGGUUUAUUUGGCCCGAGCUCCGAAAUCUGUAGAGGUUUACAAGGCUUAUAAUAACGUUAAGAUGUGUCUGAGAAACCACAAAGGCCCUCUGCCGUCCGUUCCUCUCCAUCUGCGCAACGCUCCCACCAAACUCAUGAAGAAUCUGGGAUACGCUAAAGGGUAUAAAUACAACCCAAACUACAGCGGGCCGGUGAAGCAGGAAUAUCUUCCAGAGGAGCUUCGAGGAGUCGACUUCUUUACCUGGACGCCCUCAGACAGCUAAACAUGCUGCUCUUAUUCAGAGCUUAUCUUGUUUCUUGUCAUAAUAUCUAAAAACACUUAAAUCAAGAAGCCUUUUCUAGACAAGUGUGAAAUAUAGUGCUGUUUUCAGAAUAAAGUGAGUCAAGUGAGAAAACAUGCUAAUAAUAAUCCGAUUUCAAACUAAAAACAAGAUUAUUUUGCUUGUUUUAAUGUAAAACUCUCUUCAUUUUGACUCAUUAUUUCUGAAAACAGCACAAUAUUUUCUGCUGGUCUAGAAAAUGCUGACUGAUUUAAUGAGCUUUGAGAUAUUUGAGACAUAAACUCUGUCAGAAGAGCACAACUGCAGUGUGUGGCUAUGAGAAAUGGACUCUUCUAAUUGGCUUCUGCCCUAAUCACUGUUGCUGUAUCUGAUUAUCAUUACUGUAUUUCACACCCAUCGUCCAAAUCACAACUGAAGGAUCCUGCAUUUGUUAAUACUGCUAUGAACCAUUUUAUAUUAUAGUUAUUAAUGUAAAUAAAAUGGUAAAUAUAAAAUCCAUCAUG